AGAGAGCGCGUUGCCUUCGCGGUUUCCUUCUUCGCGAGCUUUUCACAAAUGGCGGCCAGCGAUGCUCUCGUCUCGCCAUGACACGAACGAUUUCGAGCGCCGCGUUCGUAAUGCUGAAGUUGGGAUCUCGCUCUCGCUCCAGCAUGAGCUUCUUCGAUCCCAAGCCCUGCCGUUCCCCGAGAAUGCUGUACCUCGGCGAAAGACUCUUCUCUCGCUCUCGUUCCUCCCAAGCCCAGCAGCAGCAGCAGCAGCACGAGCCCAGCAGCCUCCGGAAGGCGUUCUUCAAGUCGGACGCCAGGAGGGACGGGAUCGUGCGUCGCCUGUGCGAGGAGAAGAAGUUCAAGGAAGCCAUAGACGUCAUGUGCGACCAGAAGCGCCUGAGGGAAGCCGUCCAGUUGCUGGGUCGGAUCGAGCGCCCCUCUGCUCUGGUGUACUCGACCCUCCUGCAGGCUUGCCUCAGGCAGCGAGACGUCGGAGCGGGCAAGAUGGUCCAUGCCCACAUGGGUAGAGCCGGGUUCUCGCCCGGGGUCGUCAUUUCCAACCGGCUCAUCGACAUGUACACGAAAUGCGAUAGCCUGGUCGACGCCCGGAAGACGUUCGAUGAAAUGCCUCACAGGGACUUGUGCUCUUGGAAUACUAUGAUAUCCGGGUACGCGAGGGCUGGUCGACUUUCGGACGCGAGGAGAUUAUUCGAUGAAAUGCCGGAGAGAGACAAUUUUUCGUGGACCGCGAUGAUGUCUGGUUAUGUUCGCCACGACAUGCCCGGGGAGGCAAUCGAACUGUUUAGAAUGAUGCAAAUGCUUGAAAAUCCAAUGUUGAACAAGUUCACUUUUUCCAGUGCUCUUGCUGCGGCUGCAGCUAUACCAUGUUUACGCAAAGGAAAAGAGAUUCAUGGCCAUAUAUUGAGACUGGGGUUGGAAUCGGAUGAGGUUGUUUGGAGUGCUCUAUCGGAUAUGUAUGGUAAAUGUGGGAGUGUGGAGGAGGCUAGGCACAUUUUCGAUAGGAUGGUCGAUAGAGAUGUUGUCACGUGGACAGCAAUGAUAGAUCGGUACUUCGGUGAUGGGAGGAUCGAAAAGGGUUUUAUGUUGUUCUCUGAUUUGAUGCACUCCAAGAUUAGGCCGAAUGAGUUCACAUUUGCAGGGGUUUUGAAUGCAUGCGCUGAUCAUGCAGCAGAAGAGGUUGGUAAGCAGGUCCAUGGGUACAUGAUGCGCAGUGGAUUUGAUCCAUCUUCAUUUGCAGAAAGUGCCCUUGUCCAUAUGUAUGCCAAGUGUGGAAAUAUGGAGAGUGCAGAGAGAGUGUUUAGAGAGAUGCCACACCCGGAUUUAGUUUCAUGGACGUCACUGAUAGUUGGGUUUGCUCAGAAUGGUCUUUUCAGAGAAGCUCUUAAAUAUUUUGACAUGUUGCUAGAAUCAGGUAUUCGGCCUGAUCAUGUCACUUUUGUUGGGGUUCUCUCUGCUUGCACUCAUGCUGGGUUAGUAGAUAAAGGUCUUGAGUAUUUCCACUCAAUUACUGAACAGCAUGGACUGACACAUACUCCCGAUCAUUAUGCUUGUAUAGUUGAUUUAUUAGCCCGUUCAGGCCGUUUUAAAGAAGCUGAAGAGAUCAUUAGCACAAUGCCAAUGAAGCCUGACAGAUUUUUGUGGGCAUCAUUGCUCGGGGGCUGCAGAAUUCAUGGAAACAUAGAACUGGCAAAACAAGCAUCUGAGGAAUUAUUUCAAAUUGAGCCAGAGAAUCCAGCUACCUAUAUCACUAUGGCUAAUUUGUAUGCUACGGCUAGUAUGUGGGAUGAGGUUACAAAAAUCAGAAAGAUUAUGGAAGAUAGAGGAGUGGUGAAGAAACCCGGUUUGAGCUGGACUCAGAUUGGGAGAAAGCAACAUGUUUUCUUAGUCGGAGAUACAACCCAUCCAAAAUCGAAUGAGAUACAUGUAUUUUUGAUGGAGAUGUCCAAGAGGAUGAAAGAAGAAGGAUAUGUGCCUGACACAAAUUUUGUGCUACACGAUGUGGAGGAAGAGCAAAAAGUGCAAAAUCUUGCCUUCCAUAGUGAGAAACUUGCAGUUGCUUUUGGUAUUCUUUCAACAUCGCCAGGGACUCCCAUUAAGGUGUAUAAGAACUUAAGAACAUGUGGAGACUGCCACACUGCUAUCAAAUAUAUCUCAAAGAUUAUGAGGAGGAAGAUUAUAGUGCGGGACUCAAAUCGGUUCCAUUGCUUUGAGAAUGGAAUUUGUUCAUGUGGAGAUUAUUGGUGAUCAGAAAUAUUUGAGUAUGCCCAGCAUCUGCAUGGGUCUUAUGAAGACAUCAUCCUGGUGGUCUUCCACAAAGACUCAAAUCUUCUUGUUGAACAGGUUUCAUGUCCAUGUUGAAUGCAGAGACUGCCAGUGCAUGAGAUUUAAAUGACCUAUCUCAGCGAGGUUUCCUUAUUCGCGCAAAUUAUCUGGUAAUUGGAUACUCAGAAAGGUGGUUGCUCUUGGUGGCCAAAAACUAUUAUGAUGCCUCCAAUGGGAGUUCUGGGAUUAAGUGACGUCAAUCAGGUAGCCAUAAUGCAAAAUGCAAUUUUUAUUUUUGAGAAGAUGUGGCCCAUAUAUCGAUGAUUGAGUUCAUCUUGCUUUUCUCUAGUCCAACACAAUCUUCAGAAGGCUUGCAUCUUUAUAGUUGAUAUUCGUUUCAUCUUAUUGCCUUUUGCUGGCUACAUGUUCGAAAGAGAAUCUUAGAGCUUAUCCAUAAGCUUUUCAACGUUCUUCAAAUGUACAAUCAUUGUCUCUCCCAUCAACAUCAUCAUAUCGAGGAACAAUUUCGAGGGAAGAUAUAUCUACUCAAUUUCUCCUGUCAACAUCGCUGCUCAAAUUCCCCUCAUUAGUUUCUGGACCCCUCCUUGCUGGUCCGGCAGUUGAAGUAGACUGAUGUAGGACACAAUCUAGAAUCUACAGGUGGAAUUUGACUGCAAGUGCUGCCAGACCAAGCCCCCGGGGGCCUUUCUUCUACAGAAAGUCACUUCCUCAUGAAUAAUUGUAUUGUCCACACAGCCUUGCUCAGCAAUGGAAAGAGUGAGCAAUGCUAAGGCUCCCCUAAAGCUGACUGAUUAUCUGAAAACAUAAGCUAACGUGCUUAAACUUAAGGUCAUCUCAGGAUGCUCACUGUCCAUACUGCUUCAUAAUCUGUUAACUUGCAGUCACAAUGUAGCCCCUGUGUAGUGCACCCUAGUUUUUGGGAUACCCAGAAGUCGAACCAUGAGGUGGAGGGUUUAAUUUUUUCUCUUGAGGCAUGUAUCUACAUCUCAUCCAGAAGUGGGGUGAUGGGGCAACAUGCCUGCUCCUAUGCGGCCCACUGAUCUGUGUGCCUGUGGGUUUUCCCUGGUUAUCAAGAAAGGGAGGACAAAAAAUGAAAACCUGCAGCUGUUGGCAGGAACUUCAAGGUCAAGAAUGUUGCACUGCAGUCUCUGCUAACUAUGUGAAGGUUAGUUAAAGCACAUUGUUGCGUGAUGGUCUGAUCAGUUUUAAGACUUGGAUGAUGAAUAACCUUAUGAUUUGUCUUUGUUAAACUAUCGUUAAGGUUGUAGGAGCAGACCCCCAAGUGGACGCUCUUAUUUUAGUUAUUUGAUCCACUAGAUACCAGAAAAGCAAUGUCUUUUCUAUGAGGAUAUUGGCGAUGAUUCGUAUCUAGUAGUUCCAAGGGAUCUAUACUUAUUCAUUUUGCAGUCUCCUAACUAGCUGGUAAGAGUAGGAACUAUGGCUAGAGCCAGAUGAUGUUUGCUGCUGCGUAUGAGCUUGACGCCCAAGGAUUAGGGGCCACAACGUAUUUGCUAAUGCUAAUUUAGUUUUGCGGUGAAUCAAAAAGCCAAAUAACUAGAGCCAAGGCGUUGAUGGAGUUGAUGCAAUUUUAUCUGCUCUGUUUCAUA